GGGAAACCCCAAGCUCUACAGUGAGAAAGUUGUAAAUUAGCCUUUAGGAGACGCUGUUUGUCAAAGAUAUCUUAACCCUGGAAAAGGGGAGGGAAAAAGGCAGAUAAGCAGUGAUGACAUCAGCAGGAAAUUAGUAUCAGGCUACCCAGUCCUGAAGAUUCAGUUUUCACUUAAACAACCAGCAAGUCUUGAAGUCUCUUCCCAAGCAAAUGGGAGCUUCUUUGGACCUUGGAGCACACAGAGGAUUCUACUUUCUUUAAAACUUUGUUUUCAGGCAAUUUCCCUGAGAACCGUUUACUUCCAGAAGAUUGGUGGAGCUUGAUCUGAAGGCUGGCCAUGAAAUCUCAAGGUCAACACUGGUGUUCCAGUUCAGAUAAAAACUGUAAAGUGAGCUUUCGUGAGAAGCUUCUGAUUAUUGAUUCAAACCUGGGGGUCCAAGAUGUGGAGAACCUCAAGUUUCUCUGCAUAGGAUUGGUCCCCAACAAGAAACUGGAGAAGUCCAGCUCAGCCUCGGAUGUUUUUGAACAUCUCUUGGCAGAGGAUCUGCUGAGUGAGGAAGACCCUUUCUUCCUGGCGGAACUCCUCUAUAUCAUACGGCAGAAGAAGCUGCUGCAGCACCUCAACUAUACCAAAGAGGAAGUGGAGCGACUGCUGCCCACCCGACAAAGUGUUUCUCUGUUUAGAAACCUGCUCUACGAACUGUCAGAAGGCAUUGACUCAGAGAACUUAAAGGACAUGAUCUUCCUUCUGAAAGACUCGCUUCCCAAAACUGAAAUGACUUCCCUAAGUUUCCUGGCAUUUCUAGAGAAACAAGGUAAAAUAGAUGAAGAUAAUCUGACAUGCCUGGAGGACCUCUGCAAAACAGUUGUACCUAAACUUUUGAGAAACAUAGAGAAAUACAAAAGAGAGAAAGCUGUCCAGAUAAUGACACCUCCUGUAGACAAGGAAGCCGAGUCGUAUCAAGGAGAGGAAGAACUAGUUUCCCAAACAGACGUUAAGACAUUCUUGGAAGCCUUACCGCAGGAGUCCUGGCAAAAUAAGCAUGCAGGUAGUAAUGGUAACAGAGCCACAAAUGGUGCACCAAGCCUGGUCUCCAGGGGGAUGCAAGGAGCAUCUGCUAACACUCUAAACUCUGAAACCAGCACAAAGAGGGCAGCUGUGUACAGGAUGAAUCGGAACCACAGAGGCCUCUGUGUCAUUGUCAACAACCACAGCUUUACCUCCCUGAAGGACAGACAAGGAACCCAUAAAGAUGCUGAGAUCCUGAGUCAUGUGUUCCAGUGGCUUGGGUUCACAGUGCAUAUACACAAUAAUGUGACGAAAGUGGAAAUGGAGGAGGUCCUGCAGAAGCAGAAGUGCAAUCCAGCCCAUGCCGACGGGGACUGCUUCGUGUUCUGUAUUCUGACCCAUGGGAGAUUUGGAGCUGUCUACUCUUCGGAUGAGGCCCUCAUUCCCAUUCGGGAGAUCAUGUCUCACUUCACAGCCCUGCAGUGCCCUAGACUGGCUGAAAAACCUAAACUCUUUUUCAUCCAGGCCUGCCAAGGUGAAGAGAUACAGCCUUCCGUAUCCAUCGAAGCAGAUGCUCUGAACCCUGAGCAGGCACCCACUUCCCUGCAGGACAGUAUUCCUGCCGAGGCUGACUUCCUACUUGGUCUGGCCACUGUCCCAGGCUAUGUAUCCUUUCGGCAUGUGGAGGAAGGCAGCUGGUAUAUUCAGUCUCUGUGUAAUCAUCUGAAGAAAUUGGUCCCAAGACAUGAAGACAUCUUAUCCAUCCUCACUGCUGUCAACGAUGAUGUGAGUCGAAGAGUGGACAAACAGGGAACAAAGAAACAGAUGCCCCAGCCUGCUUUCACACUAAGGAAAAAACUAGUAUUCCCUGUGCCCCUGGAUGCACUUUGAUUAUAGCAGAGAGUUUUUGUUGGUUCUUAGACCUCAAACGAAUCAUUGGCUAUAACCUCCAGCCUCCUGCCCAGCACAGGAAUCGGUGGUCACCACCUGUCAUUCUAGAAACAGGAAACACCGUGUUUUCCGACACAGUCAAUUCUGAUUUUCUUUUUCUUUUGACAAGUCUAAAUGUUAGAAAACUUUCUUUUUUUUGGAGAUAGUCUCAUUCUGUCACCCAGACUGGAGUGCAGGGGGGCAAUCACGGCUCACUGUAGUCUCGACCUCCCAGGCUCAAGCUAUCCUCCCACCUCAGCUUCCCAGGUAGCUGGGACCACAGGUGUGUACCACCAUGCCCGGAUUUUUUUUAUUCUUUAUUUUUUGUAGAGAUGGAGGGAUCUCACUUUGUUGCACAGGCUGGUUUCAAACUCCUAGGCCCAAGUGAUCCUCCCACCUCUGUCCCCAAAAUACUGGGAUUAUAGGCACGAGCCACCACACCUGGCCAGAAAACUUUCAUUAUUGAAGACUUGGAUUGUAGCCUUGGUUUUGGAUGUCUACUCUGAAGACAGAGUAAUUGGCUUUGGUUUGUGCAGGUACUUUUUCUUUGAGACAGAGUCGCUCCGUCACCUGGGCUGGAGUGCAGUGGUGGGAUCACUGUUCACUGCAGCCUUGACCUCCCAGGUUCAAGCGAUCCUCCCACCUCAGCCUCCCAAGUAGCUGAGACUACAGGUGUGUGUCCAUGCACAGCUAACUUUUUAUUUUUUUGUGGAGAUGGGGUUUCACUAUGUUGCCUAAGCUGGUCUCAAACUCCUGGGCUCAAGCGAUCCUCCCACCUCAGCCUCCCAAGUAGCUGAGACUACAGGUGUGUGUCCAUGCACAGCUAACUUUUUAUUUUUUUGUGGAGAUGGGGUUUCACUAUGUUGCCUAAGCUGGUCUCAAACUCCUGGGCUCAAGCAAUCCUCCCACCUCAGCUUCUCAAAGUUCUGGGACUACAGGCAUGAAAUACUGUGCCUGGCCUGGGGACCAGGUGCAUUUUAAGGUUCCUUGGUGUUCAAAAACCACGUUCUUAGCCUAGAUUGAGCCUAGAUUGCCUCUCUAGACAACUACCCCUUAGUUAUAAUUCUGUGUCCCCUCUGCAUGCCCUUGAACAUUGGACAAUGAGGUCACAGUCCACCCACCCUCUCUCUGAUCUCCCCCUUCCUAAGACUUCUCUUCUGCACAUCUAGUGAGGUGAAAAUUUGGUCUAUGCCAGGCCCAUUUCCUGCUUUUGUGUAAGGAAGGUGCUCACAUAGGAAGUUUUUAUUUGGUUAGAGACAGGUUUCCCUGUAGGAAGAUGAUGGCUCAUUUACGCUCAGCUGCUCUGCAAGCAGAAACUUUACAACCCGAUGUCAUAUUCCAUUUUGGACUGGGUGCGGUGACUCAUGCCUGUAAUCCCAGUACUUUGGGGAGCCAAGGCAGGCAGAUCACUUGAGGUCAGGAGUUCGAGACCAGCCUGGCCAAUACGGCAAAACUGCUUCAUUACUAAAAACACAAAAAUUAGCCAGGUGUGGUGGCGAGCGCCUGUAAUCCCAGCUACUCGGGAGGCUGAGACAGGAGAAUCUCUUGAAUCCAGGAGGCAGAGGCUGUGGUGAGCCAAGAUCACACAACUGCACUCCAGCUUGGGCAACAGGGCGAGACCUUGUUUAAAAAAAAAAAAUUCAAUAUUGGGGUUGGAACAUUUCAGGUGCCAUUGACAGAACACCCAAUUCAAAUUGACUGAAGCAAAGAUGGGAAUUUAUUGCCUCUUUCACAUUGAAACCCAGGAGUGGAUAGCACUGGCUUCAGGCAAAGCUUGAAUCAGGACUCAAUCUACAGGCCAGCACCUUUCUCUUGGCCGGAUGUCCUCAGGGCUGGCAGAUGCAGUAGACUGCAGUGGACAGUCCCCACCUUGUUACUGCUACUACGCUUUGCUCCUCUGGCCCAAGGGAUGAGGAGAGAGGCUGUGUCAGAGACUGAAGCUGUUCUCAGGAUCACUGGGCUCUUCUUGGCAGAGGGGAUGUCUGGCUUGCCUGAAGGGAGUGGCUCUGUAAGGACGCCUUGAUGCUUUCUUCAUUAAGAUUUUGAGCAUUUUUACGUACUUGAGCUUUUUUUUUUCAAUAUCUAGAGGAACUUUUUCUCUGUUAAUUCCUGGAACUGUAUUUUGAAUCCUUAAAGGUGAGCCCUCAUAGGGAGAUCCAAAGUCCUGUGGUUAACGCCUUCAUUUAUAGAUGAGGCAGCUGAGUCCUGGGGAUGUAAACAACCUGCUCACAGUCCUCAUUUACUGGAUUUGACUUCAGCCAGGUGAACUGGAAUGCCUUGGGGCGUGGAAGGGCAUUAGGAGUGUUUCAUUUGAUAUGUGAAUGCUCAUAAAAAAAUGUCAAGGAAUGAAGAACAACAACUCUCAGUGGUGCCUGCAUUUAUAAUUAUUUAUGUGAAAGUCAAAUUCAUGUACAGUAAAUUUGUUAUAAGAAUAUUCACAAGAACACUGUUCUGAUGUCUCUGAUUGUCACAUGGAUUUGAAUGUAGCUUGACAGAGGGAAUGUCUAAUCUAUAUUGACAGGGCAGGAACACCGUCAUCUUGGACAAACACCGCCACUUUAAGUUCCAGUUCCCUUUCUAGCCUCACGCAUUUCAAGGAAAUCACUUCUUUUCUAACAGCGAGCAGCCAGAAGGAGAAGAGAGUAAAAUACAGAUAAGACAGCUCUGGCAUAGAGGGAGGUGGGGGGGUGGGGGAAGUCUCUUGGGUAACUGCCAAACUUUGCCUUCAUACAAUGGGUUCCAGUAAAACAAUGGGCCUUAAUAAGCACAUUCCUUUCCCUUCAGGUGCACUAAGAUGGGGAAGCUAAAAGCAGACUGGAGGGGGGCGGGGUAUACCUACAGCUGCAGAAAUAUUGUAUGGGAACAGACACACAACUCUCCCUCCCAGAUAAGCACAGCAAAGAGACAUAGAAGCAAUCCAAGCCUCUGAUAAACUCUCCCACCCUAAAUCCUUAAAAACUCUUAGUCUGUAAGUGAGUGGGCUCUGACCUAACUCAGCCAGAAGCCCCUUUCAAAUUUGUUUUCUCUAAAAUAAACCUGUCCUUGGCUGUCAAGCCACCUUUCAUGUUUCUUUCCUCUUUCUUUAAUUCUUACACAUGUGUCAGGAUGAUCUCCCAAAACCAUGUUCAUAACAAUCAGGGCCAAAAGCUAGUGGUCACAGUCCUUGUCCAGUUGGCAGAACUGACAUGUGAAGGCAAGUGAAGGAUGGUGAGAUACUGAGGAAAGAGCAAAGGAUCUGGAGAUCAAAGCUCUGCAUUUCCAUUUUGUCCUGAUUCCUUUGCUCAGAGACACUAACUAAAUCAAGCUAGCUUUUUUCAGCCUUGUCUGUAAAGUAGAGAAAACAUUAGCUGUUGGGAAGACGAAAAAGAAUGUAUCCUAUGUGUGCAUCUAUUUAAAUCUAACUGUGCUGAGGUGCACAUAAAUGCCUUUAGGUGGUAGAGUCUUCCGGUUGUAACUGCAACAGAAAUAGCAGGACUUAAGUUCCUUUGUGUGUAAUUCCAGCCGACUUUAUUAGCGGCAACUCAGCACUAGCAUUACCCCUGACAUACUCUGAGUAAGAUCUAAUUCUUCCCUCACUGGUUCGUGAUGUCUACCGCAGCAGAAGGCCAGCUCUUGGCUCUGAGUUCAGUUGGACAAAAUGCUGUUGAUAAAACCUCCUGUCAGGCCUCUGAGCCCAGGUUAAGCCACCAUAUCCCUUGUGACCUGCACAUAUAUAUCCAGAUGGCCUGAAGUAACUGAAGAAUCACAAAAGAAGUGAAAAUGGCCUGUUCCUGCCUUAACUGAUGACAUUACCUUGUGAAAUUCCUUCUCCUGGCUCAUCCUGGCUCAAAAGCUCCCCCACUGAGCACCUUGUGACCCCCAUCCCUGCCAGCCAGAGAACAACCCCCUUUGACUGUAAUUUUCCACUACCUACCCAAAUCCUAUAAAACGGCCCCACCCCUAUCUCCCUUCACUGACUUUCUUUUCGGACUCAGCCCACCUGCACCCAGGUGAUUAAAAAGCUUUAUUGCUCACACAAA